AAUAGCCCUUUGAGAUUAUAAUAAUUUUAUUCAGUUUUAUUCACUCAUAUAAUUAAGAUAAACAAGUAAUUAACAAGAAGUAUAAAAGGACAUUAAAAUUUCAAAAUGAUGGCAGUCAUAUUUUGGACAUUUCCGCUGUUGCGCUAGUAACGAUGAAACUUGAACAGGAUAAAAAUUCAACAAAUACAAAUUUGGACAUUCCAAACACAAAUUUAAAUUCACCAACUAUAAGUGAUAUUUCUAGUAGUGUUAUAAUUAAAACUAAUUUAAUAUAUGGAAAUCGGAAAACCGCUUAUAAGUCUGUUAUAAGAGAAUAUUCCAAGAAGACUAGCGUACAUGGUUUGAAGUAUAUUUUUGAAAUACAUCGACCAUUUUAUGAAAAAUUAUUUUGGCUUAUUUUCCUCUUAAUAUCUCUAUUUUUUGCGGGGAAAUAUACGUGGAAAACUUAUGUAAAAUGGUUAGAUUCUCCAACGGUUUUGGGAUUCGAUGAAACUCUAGUGAAAAUUCAUAAAAUACCAUUUCCAACUGUAACCAUUUGUCCGGAAAACAAACGAGAUGCGUUCAAAUUCGAUUUUAGCUAUGUGUCAAAUAUGUUUUGGUCUGAAAUGGAAAAUUUAAAUGAAUUUCAUAAUGAAACGUCAUAUUUUAGAGAACAUUAUUUGGAAAAGUUUCUGACUACAUUGCAAACAUGUGACCUAGAAGUUAUUAAUAAAUUCUAUCCUUAUGUACCAAAAAACCUAACAGUAGAUAUAGUACAAAAUCUACUAAAUAUAGCCUCCGGUACAUAUAUAUAA